AUGGAUACUGGUGGGGACCAAAGUGGGCAUUCAAUAAAUGAUCAACUAUCUCCGGUAGAACAACAAAAAGAACAAACAAUAAAUGUUUGUCGAAAAUUUAAACAACUACUAAUAGAAUUAAGCAGUCAUUCCAAAUUAUCACAACAAAAAAUUGAAGAAACGGUAAUAAAAGCAAAAAUUUUACUAUCUCCUGCUGAAUUUAGUGACACAAACAAAUGGAUACGAGCUGUAAAACGUACACUCAAAGAUUUGAAUUCCAUUCCUGAUGAAUUAUGUCUUAUAUCAUUGGCUUAUACAAAUCAUCCGGUGGAUGCAGCCAGGUUUUGUCGUCAAGAAAUGCUUGAAAAGAACUCAAUAUAUAGUAAACUGUCUGAGAAUAAUAACAGUGACGAUCCAUUUCGUCAAUCAUUAUCAAAAUUUAGUGAAAAUUUAAAACAGUUGAAUUCUCAAUUAGAAAAGGAUUAUUCUAAAGAUAGUUUAGGAUCAGAAAAACUGUGUAAAAUUGUACGAGACAUACCAGAAGAACAAGUUGAGGUAGAAAAUUAA